AUCAUUAUAGAAAGGAGAAACAUCAUUACAUGUAGCAGCUUACUGGGGACGGUUAAAUGUAACCAAAUGGUUGAUAGAAGAAAAAGGAAUGGAUCCCAUGGAUAAGACAUCUGAGGACGGGAAAACAGCAUUACAUUUGGCCGUUUGGAGUGGAAACAUUGAGUUAACAAAAUGGCUGAUAGAACAAAAAGGAAUGGAUCCCAUGGAUAAAUCAUCUAAGAAAGGAGAAACAGCAUUACAUGUAGCAGCUUACUGGGGACAGUUAAAUGUAACAAAAUGGUUGAUAGAAGAAAAAGGAAUGGAUCCCAUGGAUAAGACAUCUGAGGUAACAUUUGUCAUUAUGUACUUUGUGCUAUAAAUAGAAAAAAACUUAAAUAGUCUUUUACAUUACAUUGAUCUCAUGGAUUUAUUAGAAUGUUUUUUACAUGUUGUGCAGAUUUCACGACUACUCAAUUGUCUAUUAAAAUAAAAAGCGAUAGCACGUUUUUGCACGACUUCAUGCUAAAGAAGAAAUUUUGUUCCCAUCAAAAAGGGAGGUCAAACUAGAAUGACGGAGGUUCUGUGAACAGUAAAACCUUGUCCAAUCCACCAAAUAAUAACUUUAACAAAACAAUACUUUAUUAUAGGUUAAUAACACAGUUAUUAAACAUUGUAAAACAACCAAUGUUCCCUCAGGCUGCAUUAUAAAAAAGCAUAAACAUUGUUGAAAAACAAAAAAUUGCAAACAUCUUAAUGUCAUACAUAAAUACUGUGUAUACAAUUCAUAAGACUUAGAUGAAUGUUCAAUAACAUAGCAGACA